GGAGUUCAAGAUGGCGAUCAGCGAGCAGCUCAUAACAAAACUAAUAGAUCGCUAAUUUUGCGAAAUCCCAUUUUUAUAACAACGAAAACGCUCUACGCGUUAUGUCGCGAUUUAUUACCAGCAUCUGAUCCCGUGUUCCAUGUUAAGACAGUGAAUAUCCGACUUUAGUGUGUGAAUAUCUAUUCAAUUUUUGUGUUGUUAUUUUCUGCUUACGUCAAAUAGAAAUAGUUGCUGAUCUGCUUUAUGAACUGUCUGGGAUGUUUGGGGAGUUUUUAAUAGCUUGGAGGUCAACAUGUCUCUAAGAGAGUUGAAAGUGUGCCUUCUUGGGGAUACAGGAGUUGGAAAGUCAAGCAUCGUGUGGAGGUUUGUGGAGGACAGUUUUGAUCCCAGUAUUAAUCCCACAAUUGGAGCAUCAUUUAUGACAAAGACAGUGCAGUACCAAAAUGAGCUUCACAAAUUCCUCAUCUGGGACACAGCUGGGCAAGAAAGGUUUCGUGCCCUGGCUCCCAUGUACUACAGGGGCUCUGCUGCAGCCAUCAUUGUGUAUGACAUCACUAAAGAGGAAUCAUUCCAAACUUUGAAGAACUGGGUGAAGGAACUUCGCCAGCACGGACCACCCAAUAUAGUGGUGGCUAUCGCUGGCAACAAAUGCGAUCUCUUGGAUGCGAGGGAGGUGUCAGAGAAGGACGCCAAGGACUAUGCUGACUCCAUUCACGCCAUAUAUGUUGAAACCAGUGCCAAAAAUGCCAUUAACAUCAAUGAGGUCUUCAUUCAGAUCAGUCAGAGGGUCCCAGUUUUAGACACAGAUGGCGGGUUUGCAGUCAAGGGCUUCAAAAUACGUCGCCAACCAUCAGAGUCGACCCGAGAACGUACUUGCUGCUGACGCAGUUGUAAACAAUCCGGCCAAACCCUCAUCGACCUCUCACUCUCUUUCCAUUAGUAACCAAGGAGAAUAGCAAAUGAAGAAUGUGAUGUCAUAGAGGAAGCUAUGUAACUUCCCUAUGGAGCCAAAAAAGAAGUUCAGAUAUUGUUGUACCUCAACUUGCCAGCUCUUUGGCACUAUACAGUCAUCCUUAGAAAUUAAUUUCUAGGGUCUAGAUCCCUACCCAGAAUCAGACAGCAACACAAACACCUGCUGAGCAGAUCAGAUACUGUGAUGUGCUCUCUCUCUCUCUCUCUCUCUCUCUCUCUCUCUCUCUCUCUCUCGUUCCUCUGCAAAACUCUAUAAAAGGUUUCCUGCAAAGCCACUGUCUGUCAGCUUGUGCAUAUUAACAGUUCCAGCGGUCUGUCCAAAUGUAAGCAACAUAGCUUUCUUGUUUCUCUUAUUUUUGCAAAUUUUUGAUAUGUAUAAUAUAAACAAUAAAAACACCUAGAAAAUGUUUGGGUCAUAAUUCAACCCAAAAUCAAAAGUAAGAUAUAAUAUUAUAUUUUACUUAAAGAAAAUAAAGCCUAUUUUUAGAAACAUUAAAAUCUUUUGCAUCGUGACAUUAUGCGUUCUCUUACUGCAAUGCAAAAAAUAUUAUUAUUUUAAUUCUCUAAUUCUAAUUUUCAUUGCUAUAAUGCAAAAAAAGUAUAAAGUUUUUAUACAUUAUGAUAGUAUUUUUUAAUGUAGUACAGAUUUUUACAGAAAUAUUGUAUAAAAAAUACUGUAUUACAGUAAUAAGAAUCUAAUCUAAUAAGUGUCACCACUAAGAAUAAAUUUAAUUUAAUAAAACUCAAACGUAAAAUGCCUGGAUGCAUUACAGUUAUGAUAUAUUUGUACCAUUUAAGAUUUUUUGAAUACCGGUAAUAUAACAAUUAAAAAUUUCUUAAAGGAAUAAUUCACCCAAAAAUUAAAAUUCUUUCAUCAUUUACUCACCCUCAUGCCAUCCCAGAUGUCUAUGACGUUCUUUCUUCUGCAGAACACAAACGAAGGUUUUUAGGAAAAUAUCUCUGCUCUGAUCACAUAAAAGUAGCAUGGAAGUAAUCCAUUUAACUCCAGAGGUUAAAUCCAUGUCUUCAGAAGUGAUAUGAAAGGUGUGGGUGACAAACAGAUAAAUAUUUUAGUCCUUUUUUACUAUUUAUCUCCAUUUUCACUUUCACAUUCUUCUUUUGUCUUUGGCGAUUCACAUUCUUUGUGCAUAUCGCCACCUACUGGGCGGGGAGGAGAACUUGUAGUAAAAAAGCACUUAAAUAUUGAUCUGCUUUUGAUAAAGUUGGCCAGCCUUCUAAAAUCCUGAUAAGAAUAGCAGUUUUUAAGUGUUAGAUAUGAUACAUUUUCCAACCGUUUAAAUGUUUUCCAUAUCAGAUCUUUUAUCUGAGGGAAGGAGCCAAAUUCCAAAAUUCUGUAAACGAAUUCUGCGAGACUAGCGUCUUUUAGGGGUUUUCUUCCAGGACUAUCUUCAAUGUUGUAUUAUAUCCAAAUAUUUCUGAGAUUGCAUUUUAACCAUUUGUGUUAGCUGGCAGUAGGUCUAGUCAGAUCUCUUGCUGUUUUUAUAUUACUUUUUUACUGGCUCAACUGAUUUUGUGAGGUCUUGCCAAAUGCUGUAAUUGUCUCAUAAACAUUUUUCAUCUUUCUCAUUCUUUUGCAGAAUACAUUUUGGCCUGCACAUCCAACAUGCUUUUACUAUCUGGACAGGGAUAAAAAAGGAGUGUAUCUGGAAACUAGUAACAAGACAUCUUAACCCUAAAUCCUGCCUUUAAAAACAAUUUGGCUUUCUACUGACCCCAAAGCUUUAUAGUUUUUUAACCUAAAUAUUUCCUUAAAGGGAUCGUUCACCCAAAAAUGAAAAUUCUGUCUUUAUUUGCUCACCCUGAUGUCAUUCCAAACCCGUAUGACUUUCUUCUGUGGAACAUCAAAAGAAAUGUUCCAUAAAAGGUUAGUCACAAGUCAGACGGGUUUGCAACAACACAAGGGUGAGUAUUUUCACUUUGGGUGAAUUAUCAUUUUAAGAACCAGGACAUUUUAGAAAUACACUUUAAUUUAAAUUGAAAAAGGUCAUAAAAGGCAGAACUUCUAAAAGAUAUGCCCAUGCAAUUUCAAACAAUUUCUAAUUGACCGUCUCAAACAUUACUUUAGAGUCUACAGAGCAUAUAAUGUUAGUUAAUAUAUAAUAGUUAUAAUAGAACUUUUCUCUACAUAUAAUAUAGAAAACAUUUACUGAAGGUUUGUUCAGCCAGAAUUAAUAAUUGUUACAAUUUGUCACAUAGGUGACCUUUAUUGGUGCAGAAAUGACACGUAUCACCUUGGUUUUUGUUUUCUGUCAUUUAAAAUAUGUUAAGACACUAUAUGCAGUCCUGCCAAUGUGCCAUGAUGUUGUUCAGGAAUUCAGAAGUGCAAUAAUAAUAUUUUUUUCCAAAAUUGUGUGCCGUCAGUAAUCAUAGCACGAAUUUACUUGCUCAAGAAAAAUGUAAGGCUUACUGCAGUAGUUAUUUCAUUAAUUUUAUAUUUUCAUCUAGAAGACUUGUUGAAUGAAAGAAGGAAACUGGGGGUAAAAAAUUACACUUUUGAAGAUUGGGUGUCAAUUUGCAUGUCCCAGUCAACAUAACUCGAAAUGUAUCACAAAAUGAGUCUUAAGCAGUCUCUGUUAGUGUUUAUACAGAAAGAAAUUGAAUUACCAUGCAAACUGAUUUUUGUUCACUGACUAAUAUAUCACCUGUUAAGUAAAUGUAUCUUUCACUCAAACCAGAAUCUAAACUUCACAUUUUUAUUUUCUGUGUCAUGUAAAACCUUUUGUAAAAGUAAACUUAAUUUCAUUUUUGAUUAUACUUAUUGAAGGGCCUUUACAUGUAUGGAAAUGCAUUGUUCUUGUAUAAAACCUGUGAUACACAGUAACUCUAAAUGUGUCAUUUAGUCCAAUUAAAGGUCUUGCUUGGGACACAGACUUUGCUUUAAUAACUUUGAAUGGAACGGCAUGCUUGUGUAUGACAGUUUAAUAUGCUGCACUCAAAGGAAUCAUUUUAAGAUUUACGAAUUUCAAUUUCAUGACAAAAUUCCAUCAAGAAAAUAAAACAAAACAAAAAAUUCAGUUUUAUUAAGUUUAUUUAGUUAAUCAUUAUACAAUUCAAUAUCAUUUUGUUAUGAAAUGGGAAUGUGUAAUUGAAAAAAUUACAUUUUUUUCAGUAUGAAAAUUUUUUUCAGUAUGUCUGGUCACUAGUAGUCUGGUUUGGAAUGGUGUUUAGGUCAGAUAACAAUGUCAACAGUCUUGGGCUGGCCCUAAGAAAUUUUUCAAAUUCUCAUUAUGCACUUUACCGUGUUUGAUACCACAUAUUAGAAUGUGUAAGUUAAAUUAUGUGUAGUCUUUCAAGCAUUAUUAUAUUUUACUGCUUACCAUUGUAUUUCAGUAUAUACAAAACAGUAAUUUAACGUAAUCAAAUAAGUGUUAUUUUUUUUUUAUUAUUGAGCUUAACUCUUGUAUUUUUUUGUCAUGCAAAAAGGCUUGAAAAUAUCCUUUUAUUUGUUAAUUUGUGAAUGUGCAUAGGGAAAUUAUGUGCUCUUUAUUAGUAAUAAAAUUAUACAA